AUGCUCCAUCCGUGUCCGAAUCAACCGACCAGCGGCUCCUUCUCCCCCUCCACCUUCGCAGCCGCUCUCUCCGUCUGCCUUAUCCUGGUUUUCACCGUCGCCGUCGCCGUCUGCGUGAUCCGACGACUGAAAUGGUUCGAGAUUAAUCUUGACAGCGGCCCCGCGGCGGACCGCCCGCACCCGCGGGUGAUUUGGGUGCGACAUAUGGACCAGAAGCCCGCGGUUCCCGGGCUCGACCGCGCCACGAUUCGCUCGUUCCCCGUGUUCACGUAUCGCGGUUCGGACGGGUUGGACGGUCUAGGGAGUGACGGGCUUCUUAUGGCGGAAGACAGCCGUUCUGGUUACCCCGCACCGUGCGCCGAGAAUUGCGGGGGAAAUUGCCCCGAAAAUCACUCCGGUUCUCAAACGGGCGACCACGUAGCGAUUACCGUCGCCAGCGACUCUGCGACUCUUUGCGACGAUGAUGUAGUCGCACCGGUGAGCGCGACAAACAACGCGGCGACAAUUGACUCAAGUUCGUGCGACAGCCUUCCGCGCAGGCCCGGGCGCGCGGAGAGGCUGACGCGCGAGUGCGCGGUGUGCCUGGGCGAGUACGCGGCGGGCGAGCGCAUCAAGGUGGUGCCGGCGUGCGCACACGGCUUCCACGCCGACUGCAUCGACCUCUGGCUCGCCGCCAAAACCACCUGCCCCAUCUGCCGCCGCGACCUGACCCCUGUUAAAGCCUCCAGCCCUUCGCCCCCGUUCCCCCCAUCGCCUUCGUCAUCCCCUCGCCAAAGCCACCUGCCGCAUCCCCCUCCCCCUCUUCCCCCCCCCAAAGAAAACCUUUCGCGGGCGGGAGACGACCUUGCGGGCGGAACGCGGCGAGCGGGCCGCAUCUGCCGCAUUAUUGCCAAAUCCACCUGCCGCAUCUGCCGCCGAGACCCCUGCCGCCCCGCCAAAGCUGCGACUCGUAAGCCUUUCAUCCCCCCAUCGCCCCAUCGGUCCCACCCCCCCAUCGCCCCCAUUUCCGCCCAUCGUCCAUCGCCCCCAUUGCCUCCCAUCUCCCGCAAUUCCGCCCAUCACCCCGCCAAAACCACAUGCCCCGCCCACCGCGGUCCGCGCAAACGCCGCCACUACCCUCAUCCCGCGCACCCCUCUCCCCCUUAA